GCGUCAUGGCGUCGUGGAUGACGUAAAAAAAUGCCCGGAACAGGAAGUCGGCAGUUCCCUUCCAAAGUGGCAACCAAAGACGAGCAAACGGGGUCAACGAUGGCGCCCGAGUCACGAGCGGCGUUCAACGAAGGCUUGACCGCGUGAGUGUUCGGUCACUCCCUGCCUCCAUCCUCUAUGACUGCACCUGCAGCCUACGCUCGCCUGGAGCAGAAUGAGCCCAUGAACGGUUUGCGGAUCUCCGUCGGGGGCCUCCCCAUGUUGCCGACCAUGCCCAACGCCACGGACCCUCGCUUCCGUCUCAAGUGGCGGCCCAUCGUGGUGAUGGUCAUUUCGCUGGCCGUGGUCCUGCUGCUGCUCAUGCACUUGAGCGCUGGCCUGCACCCCCGCGCGUACACCUCCUUGGGCUGGAAGGCGGACCGCGACGAUCCGCCGCGGGCCGGCGACCGCUACAACGACACCUACCCUCUCAGUCCGCCCGAGCGCACGGCGCAGGGCACGCGCUACCGCAUCGGCGUCAUCGCCGACCUGGACACGAACUCUCGUAGCGAGAAAACGCUGACGUGGUUCAGCUACAUGCGGCGCGGGUACCUCCUGGUGUCGCAGAGCGGCGACAGGGUGUCCGUGGAGUGGGACGCCGAAAGGACCGUGCUGGAGGGUCACCUGGCCGAGAAGGGGCGGGGCAUGGAGCUGUCGGAGCUGGUGGUGUUCAACGGGAAGCUUUACAGCGUGGACGACAGGACGGGCAUCGUUUACCGCAUCGACGGCGACAAGGGUCCUUGGGUCAUCUUGACGGAUGGCGACGGCACCGUGGCAAAAGGUUUCAAAGGCGAGUGGCUGGCGGUGAAGGAUGAGCACCUCUACGUGGGCGGUCUCGGGAAGGAAUGGACCACCACAUCGGGCGAGUUUGUCAACGACCAUCCGGAGUGGGUGAAAGUGGUGGGAUUCCGGGGGGAUGUGGAGCACCAGAACUGGGUCCCGGCAUACAAGUCGCUCAAGUCGGCCGCUGGAAUCAAACCUCCAGGUUACCUCAUUCACGAGUCGGCGGCGUGGAGCGACACGCUGCAGCGUUGGUUCUUCCUGCCGCGCCGCGCCAGCAGCGAGCGCUACGAGGAGACGGCGGAUGAGCGGCGGGCCACCAACCUGGUCCUGAGCUGCUCGGCGGACUUCGCCGACGUGACGGUGAGCCGGGUGGGCCCGCUGGACCUCACCCACGGCUUCUCCUCGUUCAAAUUCGUGCCCAACACGGACGACCAGAUCAUCCUGGCGCUCAAGUCGGAGGAAGACGCGGGCAAGAUCGCCACCUACGUGGUGGCCUUCACGCUUGACGGACGCAUCCUCCUGCCGGAGACCAAGAUCGGCGACGUCAAGUACGAGGGCUUGGAAUUCAUCUAAGGUCGUGGGUCAUUCCUUCUUUCUAUUUUCAAAUGGGAACUGCAAUAUGAGUGUUCGAUUUUUAUACGGCUAUCCCAAAAUUAAGAGAAAAAAUAAGUUUUUUUCUCAGAUUUUGAUAUUCAUAUGGCGUACAAUGUGCAUUGGUUUAUUUUAUAAGCUGCUGACAACACAACUUCCAAAUCGAGCAUCUAUACGUGAAAGAUGAAAAAUGGUCAGAAUACCAGAAAAGGUUGGUUUGAUUCUACUUUGGUUUCUUUUCUUUUACAGUUGUAUAUAAUCACCUUCCUAAAAAUAAAAAGUAAAGUUUCAUUUCAGGCUGAGAAAACUGUAAAAUGGAACCGCGGAGCUCAAUUUGAUGAUAUAUAUAUGAUUAUAUAACAGUUAAUUAGUUGGGUUUAUGUGACCUGAAAUUUUGGUAAAAAGAAUGUAGAAAAUUGAUGAAAUGAUCCAUUCGUCCUUUUUUUUUUUUUUUUUAAUUCUAUUUUUUUGUGCGUACCAUUUAGAGAGAGAAUGCCGACCGCCCGUGGUACUCCGUCCCACGUCGAAAGUAGAAACUUAGUCGCUUGUUUGUUUGCCAUUUGAAAAUGGAAAGAAGGAAUGGUCCACGGCGUCAUCUCGAGGCCGAGAGGUCGCCACACUGCGCUUCCGCGUUGUUUACAAUCCCGUCCGUCACUGUUCCGUUGUCGCAGCUGCCCGUCUGUGACGCAUUUUUUUUUUUUUUUUUAAUAUCCAUCAAGAACAAGGCAGCAGCAGCGGCAUCACAAAUCGUAAUCGUAGAAGGCCUCUUCUUCACUAUCGCACUGACUUCCUUUUGAAAAUGAAUGUACAAGAAACUGAUUUACGGCUGUUCAGUUCUCCUCCAGCACACGCUGUACAGUCAUGACUCCACCAUUAAAUGUCGUCACUCUGGACUCA